AUGAAGCUCAUCUACGCGUGUUUGUGCCUCAUCGCGGCGACCGCAGCCGCCCCGUAUUUCGUGUUCCCGGAUGAACGGCGCGAGAGAAAAUUAGAACCAAUUAUAACACCACCGGUUUUACCAAUUCUGGAGCAUCUGGAGAAUGAUCCUAGUACGCUGGGUAACAGGGCGAAUACGAAACCCAGAUUUGGUGGAGGUUUUAAUGUGAAGCCGUCUGGUAAUGGAGGGUUAACGGCCAGCGUGAGCAGUAGUGCCAGUGGGGGUGGUUUGAGCCACUCCGCGUCACAAUCGUUCUCAUUUGGAUUCAAUGAAGGCUUUAGUGCAUCUCAUUCGGCGAGCCAAGCUUCGUCGUUUAAUGGAUUUGGAAGUGGGUUCGGUGGAAGCCAAGCAAGUAGCCAAGCUGCAUCGUUUAGCGGUUCAGGCUCUUCAGUAUCAGGUGCUGCAUCAUCUGCCUCUUCACAGGGUGGCUUUGGAAGUGGUAGCCAAAGCGCCUCAUCCGCUUUUGGCUUUAACUCCAUCAAUGGUUUUCAGUCUGAGCCCUCCUUCGGAGACGGACUUCUAGAUAUUAGACAACGCGGCACCCCCGGUUUUACCUUCCCGGACCUACUCGGGAGGAGUAAAGGCGCGAGCGCAGCCGCUUUCAAAUCUAGACCUAAUUCCCAAAGAAAUAGAGACGAUUUUCUUGCAGUACUAGUAUCUAAUUAA